UCUUCAUCGGAUUGAGCUAAGAGACGAAGUAGACGAAGAAGAGAUCGUUGAAGAGACUUAUCAAUGGCGGAAGAUCUGGUUCUUGACACGGCCAUCAGAGACUGGGUUUUGAUCCCUCUCUCUGUCGUGAUGGUUCUUAUUGGAAUUCUCCUUUACUUCGUAUCUAAGCUCAUGCGAUCUUCUCCGACUCCAGAUGCGAAGACGGUCAAAGAAGGACAAGUUGUGAUUAGGGCUAGGAAUCUUAAGGCCGGUGCUAAUUUUAUCCCGCCUAAAUCGUUCCGAGCUCGGAGAUUCUACUUCAGCAAUGAGGAAAAUGGAUUGUUACAUGUUCCCAAGGACCAAGCUCAAAAUCCUCAAGCCCAGAUGUUUUCUGAUCCUAACAUGGCCAUGGAUAUGAUGAAGAAAAAUCUGUCAAUGAUUAUACCACAGACGCUCACUUUUGCAUGGGUCAACUUCUUCUUCUCUGGGUUUGUUGCAGCCAAAAUACCAUUUCCGCUCACUCAGAGGUUCAGGUCUAUGUUACAGAAUGGAAUCGACCUGAGCACUGUUGAUGUUAGCUAUGUGAGCAGCCGUUCAUGGUACUUCUUAAACUUGUUUGGAUUAAGAGGCUUAUUCAGUCUCAUUCUUGGAGAUGAAAAUGCAAUUGAUGACACACAACGAAUGAUGCAAAUGGGUGGAUUUGGUUUCGAUGCAUCAAAGAGCCUGAGUGCAGAGAAGGAUGGUCUCGACAUAAUUCAACAUGAAUGGGCUCUACCUCGAUUCGAGCACCGGGCAGAAUCCGUUUUGAAAAAACUUGUGCGGUAAAGACCACUUGUUCAAUCGAAGCUCUUGCUCUUAUCCUUUUAUUUUCUGCUGAUAGCGUAGAUUCUUCUGUGUUUGGUUAACUACAAUUAUCUUCAUAAGUGAUCUCUACUACUUCUUCGGUAACAAUAUUUUCGUAUGAGUUGGUUUAGUCUGUAAUUUAUAUGAUUUGUAGAGGUUUUGGACUUACUUUUGGUUCAGCUUUGGUUAUGUCCGGUUCUCAUGAUUGAUG